UUAAAACCUCACCUUGCUCUCUGCCGUGGCGGUUCCUCAGCAGGGACUGGGAGCUGAUCUAACACCGGGAUUUGUGCAGGAUGUGAGGGAAACAGCGCCGCUGUCAUGACGGCCGCAGGAGGGGAAGACGUGGCUGAGGACAGCAGCAGUACACCAACACCGCCAUGGAGGUGGAGGGCACGACAGAACCGGACUACGUGGACGUGGAUCAGGGCAUGACCUUGGUCUGCAUCGCCUUCCUCUGCCUGCUGCUGGUGGCCAUGAUCAUCCGCUGCGCCAAGGUCAUCAUGGACCCUUACAGCGCCAUUCCCACCUCCACAUGGGAGGAGCAGCACCUGGAUGACUGAUAUGGCCAUAUGUACGAGCACCGUCGGUAUAUCACCAUGA